CAUGAAACUUGAUUACAUCUGUAUUGAACAUGUCAAUAACAGCUGAUGCUGACUUGAUUCCACAAACUUGGCCGAUACAAAUGGAUAACCAAACAAACUUAUCAGAACCUGAAUGUGGAAAGAGCAGUAUUAAGUAAAUCUUUGAAUAUUCAAGAAUAAACAAUUAAAGUGCAGUGAUUUUAAAUGGAAUUCAGCAAACAGUUUGUGUAGUUAAGGAAUAAUUUUAAAAUGGGUCAAACAUAUUCGUCAUUGAUGAAAUAUUUUUUCGCUAAACCAGAAAGAAAUAUUUUACUUUAUGGAUUAGGAGCAGUUGGCAAAACCUCGAUUUUCAAUAAAAUGCAACUCGACGAACAAACUUAUCCAAUGCCAAUGCCAGAUGUCUGUGAGGGAAUGAAAGAUAUGAAAAUCUUUAGAUUUUACUUUUUGGAUGUUGCAAGACGUUUAACUGCUUGCUACAAAGAUAACUUCUUUAUGAACAAUAUCAAUGCAGUCAUUUUUGUUGUAGAUUCAACUGAUUCCAACAGUAUAGAUGAAGUCAAUGAAACUUUAAAUUAUAUGUUAUCGAGUGAAGAACUAAAGAAUGUAUUUUUUAUUAUAUUUGCAAAUAAGCAAGACUUGCCAAAUACACUAAGUCCUACCGAAGUGGCUGAGAAAAUUAAAGUGCAAGAAAGAAAACGCAUUUGUCAUAUACAAGGAACUUCCGGGCUUACAGGUGAUGGUGUCUUAGAGGGAGUGGAGUAUUUACAUUCAUUGUUUCAAAGACGAAGGUGGUUUAAUAUUUUAUAAGAAAUAAAUAAAAUAAAUGUAUUAUAAGGA